AUGGCUUCUUCUCUCGCCGCGCAGCUGUCGCAGAUUGCGGCAAAAUCCACCCACGAGCUUGAUCUGAAGAGACAGAGAAUCGCCCACUCACAGUCUCUAAUCUUUGACCAAAAAGUUGCUGGGACCCAGGAUUUCGAUACCGUCUAUGAUAUUUGUUUCGAAGGCUUCCGGGAGCUAUGCUCUCUGGAUAGCCGAUUUGAGGAAUUCGGGCGCACGCUCUUCAGUGAACAGAGCAAGGCCGAAGAUCGGACACAGAUGAAUGCUUCUCAAAAUCAGGAAUUAGACACAGUGAUUGAGAAUUUCUUGUCUCUUGUUGGAGGCAGACUGCAGCUUAGUCCGGCAGUCAAAGCGGUGGAUUGGUUGGUGAGACGAUUUAGAUCCCAUGAAUAUAACACGGCCUACAUGAUCCUUUCUUUUCUACCAUAUCAUACCACUCCGCUUUUCUUGAACCUACUCUCCAUUUUACCUGCCGAUCUUACCUCGACAUUCAAAGUGUUCUACCCCUACAAGACUGGUUUAAUCAACCCCCCAAGACACCCAAUUGUUCAUAGCGCUACUACAAACAAGCCCUUUUUCGCCGCUUUGAAUAACUAUGUGUUGAAAACUUGUCAGCAAGGGGCGCAUAGCCAUACACUUCUUUCCUUUUGGGCCGGUAUCAUUACUGAGGCGGUUGCGGGAAUGUUAGAUGCUGCCCGCUCAGGUCGCCGUGAAGCUGAGAAGCAGAAACAUGAGGAUAUAAUUAUUAGGGUGCUCCCUGUACUCAGUAGCGGUUUCGCCAUGAAGAGGGUGUCAGAGCUGAUAAUCAGCUGCUACAUGGUCUCUGUCGUUCUAGCUCAAAAGUCGACUCUUGCCGAAGACGUUCUGGAUGGCCUUAUGGAGAGCGUGGUUACUUCCUGGACAGAGGAGACGUUCAGCUCGGGAUUGAUUUGUUUGGCCGUUCUCGCUCAGCAAAAGCCGUCAACCUCCUUGCCAAAGAAAGUUUUCAAGGCUAUUAUUCGCCUCGAGCGGCCUAUACAACAGCUUGCAGAAAUUGCAACUCAAUACAAUACAUCCAGGCUUCUGCUCGCUCUCGUUUCUGGCUGUGUCGCCGAUUUGGAUAAGCAGAAGAAUAACUCGCAGCUCACUCUGUUGUCAUCCGUUUUCGAACAAAAUGUGUUCCAAGAGCAGGAGAUGAAGGAGGCUAUGAGCAUGGUUCUGAAAGCCGCAAGCGAUACUGAAAAAACUGGAGAUUUGUCUUUGGAAAACCAAACACAGCUUUCUGAGCUGGUCCAGGGAUUUAGCCGAUCUGACACCCUUCAGCCUAUUUUCCAGAAUGUCCUUGCGGAAUCAUCUUUCAACAUCCCGGCAUUGGAGCACAAUUUACAGACUGUGGUCGAAGCUCCCAUUCAGCCUCAGGUCAUUGAAGACGUGGAGAUGGAAGAUGUUGACAAUCGCGACAUCGACCAUUUCACGCCUGCUUUUGAAUCUCUUUGCAAGGAACCUAAAUUCCCAUCUUCAUUCCUGAGCAAACAGUCAAUUCCAGAAUUCAACAACCUUGUCCAGGUAUUCGCUAUCGCUGUUGACUCUGAGGCCCGGAUUGCCCAAUUUCUUGACCUCCCAAUUCUUGGCAAGGCUGAGGCAAUCAAGACACCCCAGUUCCUGUCGUUCUUCAUUCGUGUUCUAUCUGGGCCAUACCCUAUGGGAACUAAGAUCGCUGCGUUGAAUGCCAUUUCUUCUGUGUUAUCAUCAGCUGAUGGCAACUUCGAUCCCCAAGCCCUGUUGCCGUUCCUUCUUGUGGCCCUUGCGGACCCAUCAGAGCGCAUUCGCCGUGAAGUCACCGCGGUUCUGGCACUUGUUAACUCAAUCUACAAGAAGAGCAAGGGUGACAGCGCCGGUAAGCCUUGGGCUCACGAUCAAAUUUACGGCAAAGGGAAGCAAUCAACCGGUGUUUCAUGGCUGUCAUCCAGUGACGUACAGAAGGUUCUGGACCGCGCAUUACUCCCUGGGCUCGAAGAGUACAUUUUGGAUUCUACCCACAUUGCCAAGGUCCUUGAUGCCUUGAUGCGAGGAUCCGUCUUGUCUGACGACUCCGGUGCUUCUGAAUUAAAAAAGUCUCUUCGUGUUGCCUUUUUUACUUGCCUUUCUUCACACGCCAUUCAUAUGUCUGCGUAUGGUCCUAAGUUUGGAUUGCUGCGACUUUUGAACCGCGUCAAGAAGGUUCCGGGAACCACUCGUGCCAAGGAACUGCUUCCUUUGCUCCAAAACUGGCGUGGCUUGAGCCAGAAAGAUGUCGAGCAAAUUUGCGUAUCCGAUCGUCUUUCUGCCUCUGAUGCUGAAAAGGAAGUUGUUGGUAUUGUUACCUCGAGAGACAGUGAUGCGAUUGAGAUUUUGUUGUCUAACGUGAGCCCCGUGUCCGUGCGUUCAUCUUUUGUGGCAGCUGGAUUUUCUCGCAUGAAGGAGGUUUGGAGUAAGAUUCCCCAGGAAACACAAUUGCCAGCAGCCGAGAAGCUUUUGGACAUCUCCCUGGGUCUAUCGGACAACGUCUCUCUCGCAGACAACUGUCGCGAUCUGCUUCGUAGUGUCGAGCUUUCGGGCCCCAUUCUCCUUAGCUUUGUGAACAAAAUCCCUGUUUCCUUGACCAAUAUCGAAAGCCUCGGCCCUGCGCCAAAGCGGAGACGCACCAGCCAAAAUAACAUGGUUGCCAUGACUGUCAAGGACGAGGCAGAGUUCAGCAAGCUGAUGGAUAAAAUGACUUUCAUUCUUGAAGUUGUCGAUAGCUCCGCCCCUGACUCUCACCCUGAGUUGGCGUCUGGCCUGUUCCAAACUCUUGCUGCCCUUCAUCACUUCAAGUCUCAAAUCCAAUCUGGCAUGAGUUACCUUCUGAGCCUCACAUUGGGUAGCUUAUUGGCAAUUGUCAACAAGUCCAAGGGAUCAUCGAAGCCGUUGUUCGAUACUUCCGCUAUUCGAGCUGAUCUGGUUGUGGAUUGUGUACGAACAACAGAAAGCCCACAGGUGCAAAAUGCUGCUCUUCUUCUCGUUGCUGGUCUCUCUGUUAUUGCGCCCGAGCUCGUCCUCCACAGCGUUAUGCCCAUCUUCACCUUCAUGGGAACUAGCGUGCUUCGUAAAGACGACGACUAUUCCGUUUCGGUUAUCGACCAGACUAUUGAUCACGUUGUCCCGGCGCUCAUUCAGUCGCUGCGCAGCCAGAAGCGGGAUAUUGUUUCUGGAACCUCCGAGCUAUUGCUCAGCUUCACUGCGGCAUUUGAGCACAUUCCUUCCCAUCGCCGUCUGCGUCUUUUCCACGCGCUGAUCACGAAGCUCGGCACGCAAGACUUCCUCUUUGCCGUUCUUGCCAUGCUUGCCAACCGUUAUUCCAAUGACAAGGAUGUUCUCACACUUAUGACUGGGUUGGUGUCUGAUGCUACACCUGUCACCGAGCUCACAUCCUACAGCAAGUACCUCAAUCUUCUCAUCGACGCCUUUCAACCCAAGGCUGGAAUCUCUCAGGUUCUGCUCGGAAUCGGAAGCGAUGAUGGCCGUGAGCCCCAAAAGGUUGGCGUUGAUCUCUUGCGUGACCUAGCUCACUUGCUCAAGCAUUCGUCGCUUAAGUCGAAGCUGGAAGCCGCUUUCGAGAAUGAUGACGAGACAGCAGCUCAAGUUCGAGCUUGCUUCUCUCGUGUUCUUGGGCAAGUCUUGAACAUUGGAGAAUCAGUGCAACAUAUGAAGCCCGUGAGCCAAGCCUGUGGCGAUGUCCUUGGUGCUCUCUUUGGUACUUUGUCUCUCGUUGACUUCUUGGAUACGAUCGAGGUCCUACUUCGAGAACCCAAUGAUGAGCUCCGACGCAAGGUUCUUCGCCUGUUGGAGAACCGACUACGCCAAAACCCUGAGCGCGAUAGCGAGUCCCAGAUUCGGGUCCUUGACUUCCUGCCUACCUUGGUCAAGAUCAUUGAAUCAUCGUCUGACCCUAUGCUCAAGCAUGCUGCCGUUGCUUGCGUCGAUCGCAUCACCGAGAAAUAUGGUCGCAAAGAUCCAUCGAAGGUCAUUUCUGCCGCCAAGGUCGUUGCUAGUCCAUCAUUCCUUAGCAUUGAUGAUACGCGCAUCCGUAUCAUGGGUGUCCUCUGCCUGGCUUCUAUGGCUGAGGUUCUGGGCCAGUCUAUGAUUCCUGCCCUUCCAGAUACUCUUAACCAGUCGUUCAACUUGCUGGAACUCAGCUUGGUCCCCGGAAAGGAACAAUCCCGCUUGCACGAUGCUGUUUUCUCGUUGUUCUCAGCUCUUCUUGACCACCUUCCUUUCAUGAUGUCGGCUGCCAACCUCGACAAGAUCCUCCUUCUGUCCUUCAAGUCUUCUACUGCUAGCCUCGAGGAGACUUGCGAAGAUAGUCGCCGGGAGACCCUGAAACUCAUGGCCGCUCGCAAGAUGGACCUUGCAGCUACCCUAGGUGCCUUAGAUCGGAACUGGCAACAUGCGGUCGAAGCUGGACCAACUGCCACAAACGAAGUUUUGAAUGCCUUGAGCCUUGCUGUUGAGAAGAACUCCAAAUCGGCUGUCUCUAAUAACCUUAGCGUUCUCACUACUAUUCUCUUCAAAGCAUUCGACUUGCGACGUGAACAAGUGGCCCUCGGCGCUCGCGCUAAAUUUGAUGCAAGCGACCUGGAUACAGCAGAGACAACUUUGAACGAUUUGACAAUUAAGAUGAUCUACAAACUCAACGAUAGCACAUUCCGACCACUCUUCAGUGGAAUUGUGGAUUGGGCAACUACUGGUGCUCCCAAAGAUGAACAAGGUCAACUUUCUCGCCUCACGACCUUCUACAAGUUCCUCCAAGUGUUCUUUGGUACUCUCCAGUCUAUCGUCACUGGUUACUCCAGUUAUAUUUUGGAGAAUGUCGUCCAAAUUCUCGGCACAGCCAGUCCUGCCAAGGCCACCAAGCCCCUCUGGUUGGCAAUUCUUCGCACCCUGCGCAACUCAUUUGAACAUGAUCAAGAUGAAUUCUGGCAAUCUCCUUCCCAUCUCACCGCCAUCUCUGGCCCUCUCAUCUCACAAUUGGCUCACGCAACCACUGCCAAAACAACAAAUGCUGUUGCUGAGGACGUUAUUCCGGCUAUCACGGAGCUUGCUGUUGCAGCUGAUUCAACCGACAACCACAAGGAGAUCAACGCUGCCCUUAUGAGGUAUCUCCGUCCCUCCACCGCUCCCAAUGCGAAGUCGGCUGGUGGCGAUAACCCCUUCACACGCCUUGCUGCCCUGAAGGCGGAGCAAGCUCUUACCGAACAGCUUGGUGAAGAAUGGCUGGCACUUCUUCCAGAGAUGCUGCCAUAUAUCAGCGAGCUUAUGGAAGAUGAGGACGAGAGUGUUGAGAGAGAAGUACGGAAGUGGGUUAAGCAAAUUGAAGGUGUUUUGGGUGAACGACUAGAUGAUAUGCUGACUUGA